CACAAAAUCUAACCUCAAAAGUUAAACAUUUUUUUGUAAACUUUCCAAAAAUAAUAAAAGCAAACUUAUUUCUAAUAUCGAUCUUUACAAUUUUGAAGCAAUGCCGCUACCUGCAGCUUUGUUAGCUAAGCUAAAUAAAAGGGGCAUUGUUACAGGAAAGCAAAAACCUACAGAACAUGUUUCAAAAAAGCAAGACUUUAAAGGAUUUUCAAUUUGUCCUAACAAAUCCAAUAUUUAUCAUGAAUGCAAUGUUUGGUGCGAAACUCACUGGAAAGGAGUAUCCACACCAGAUCCAAAAUACUACAAAAACAUGCAGAAAUUAUUAAGCAAAUAUCCUUUACCUAUGAACUGGACGGAAGUUUUUGAUAAAGGAAUUGGUAGAUAUUAUUACUGGAACAUGGAAAAUGACCUAGUCUCUUGGCUACCACCUAAACAUCCCAAAUCUUUAAAAUGUCAGAGUGCUGCAAAACUUCGUGAAAAUCGAUUAAAAAUGAAAGAAAGAGAGGGACGUUUAGAAAAAGAAAAGGAAGUUGAUAGGACAAAAGAACGAGAAAGGGAUCGAGAUAGAGACAGAUCUUCAGAUGAUGAAGAGAGGCCUUACAGAAGCAAACAUUCUGACAGGCGAGACAGGGAAAGAGAUAGAGGUAGAGAGCGAGACAAAGAAAGGGAUGAUAGAAGAAAACGGAGAGAGGAACGGUACAAAAAACGUAAAGAUGAAAUUGACCCAAUGGAUCCUGCUGCUUACUCAGAUGUGCCACAGGGAGGUUGGAGUGAAGGAUUAGAAACUAAUAAAGGAAGGGCUGAUAACACUGCAUCUGGUGUUCUGUAUCAACAAAGACCAUAUCCUGCACCUGGAGAAGUAUUAGCUGCUAAUAAGGAAAAAUCCAAAAAGGAUAAAUAAAUAUUUUUCUUUAA